AGGAGAAUCACAGCAGCCGUGGCCGAGCUGCGGAGGAUAAUACGGGACUGGGACGGAACGCUGCGCCUCACGGCUGACUUUAUGAGAAAACCCCCAUCGAUCUUGGAGCCUUCAUUUUCACGUGAACUCAACAAAGGAUGUAUUCCUACUAAAAGACCAACUUGAAACGCUGGAAACUUUUCCACCGAAAUGGAAGGGAAUAUUCCAUGGAUUAUUUUCUCAUGCUUACUGUUUAUGCACAUUUGUGAAGGGUUCCGCUGCCUGGAUAAGUACAGACCGUGUGAAAAUGGAGGAACAUGCUCAGAGUCCAACUCUCGAUGCACAUGCCGGCCCGGGUUCAUUGGUCCUCUCUGUCAGUACCUGGAUCCCUGUCAUCGAUCGCCAUGUCUAAAUGGAGCAGCCUGCAAAAGCCAAGUGAUCAAUGGCAUCCCGCAGUAUACCUGUGUGUGCCAGAGAGGGUUCAGAGGCCAGGACUGCUCCCUCAUUGAUGCUUGUGCCACCACCCCGUGUGCCAACGGCGCCCGCUGCGUCAACUGGAAUAACCACUACAACUGCUCCUGCCCACCUGGCUUUCAGGGGAAGAACUGCAGAAAUGACAUUGACGAGUGCCGCAAGCCCGGCGCGUGCCUCAAUGGCGGCCUGUGCAUAAACACCCACGGGUCCUUCCGCUGCCAGUGCCCGCCUGGAUACAGCGGUCGCACGUGCGAGGUGUCCACCCUGCCCUGCGCCCCGUCGCAGUGCCUCAACGGGGGCACCUGCCGACAGACGAGCGACCAUUCCUACGAAUGCGCUUGCUUACCAGGCUUUGAGGGACACAACUGUGAGAAUAACGUGGAUGACUGUCCAGGCCACAAGUGUAUGAAUGGAGGAAUAUGUGUCGAUGGAGUGAAUACAUACAACUGCCAGUGCCCGCCAGAGUGGACAGGACAAUACUGCGCCGAGGACGUCAAUGAGUGUCUCAUGCAGCCCAACGCCUGCCAUAACGGCGGCACUUGCUUCAACACCAUCGGUGGCCACACCUGCGUCUGCGUGAACGGUUGGACGGGAGACGACUGCAGCGAAAACAUCGAUGACUGCGCGAUCGCUGUUUGCUUCAAUGGCGCCACAUGCCACGACCGAGUCGCGUCCUUCUUCUGCGCGUGUCCAGUUGGGAAGACUGGUUUGCUGUGCCACCUCGACGAUGCCUGUGUGAGUAACCCCUGCAACGAAGGGGCAGUGUGUGACACGAACCCCCUCAAUGGCCGGGCCAUCUGCACUUGCCCCGCUGGUUUUGUGGGAGGUGCCUGCAAUCAGGACAUGGACGAGUGUUCCAUUGGUGCAAAUCCAUGUGAGCACUUUGGGAAAUGUGUGAACACGGAGGGUUCCUUCGAGUGUCAGUGCGGCCGCGGAUAUGCUGGCCCACGCUGUGAGAUUGACAUCAACGAAUGCCUGUCCAUGCCCUGCCAGAACGACGCCACUUGCCUGGAUCGCAUUGGAGAGUUUACUUGCAUUUGCAUGCCAGGCUACAUGGGAACUUACUGUGAGAUUGACGUAGACGACUGUGAGAGCAACCCGUGUGUGAAUGACGGCAUCUGUCGAGACAUGGUCAAUGGCUUCACAUGCACCUGCCAGCCAGGGUUUACUGGCACCAUGUGUCAAAUCGACAUAGAUGAGUGCGCCAGCACGCCUUGCCAGAAUGGGGCGAAAUGCUACGACAGGCCCAACGGGUUCGAGUGCCGCUGUGCCGAAGGUUACGAAGGGACCCUUUGCGAAAGCAAUAUCAACAACUGUCAGCCCGACCCGUGCCAUCACGGCACUUGCAUCGAUGGAAUCGCGAGUUACACUUGUAACUGCGACGCCGGCUACACCGGCUAUCGCUGUGAGAAUCAGCUGAACGAGUGCCACAGCAACCCCUGUCAGAACGGGGGCAAGUGUGUGGACCUGGUCAACAAGUACAUCUGUCAGUGUCAACACGGAACCUCAGGCACAAACUGUGAGAUCAACUAUGACGACUGUGCCAGUAACCCAUGUGAUUACGGCAUCUGCAAAGAUGGCAUCAACCGCUAUGACUGUGUUUGUAAGCCUGGCUUCACUGGUCCCAAAUGUAACGUGGAAAUAGACGAAUGUGCGUCCAGCCCGUGCAGAAACGGAGGAACGUGUGUGGACGAGGAGAACGGCUUCCACUGCCAGUGUCCUGAGGGCUUCAAGCCACCCUACUGCUACUCGCAGGUGGAUGAGUGCGGCAGCAGCCCGUGUGUGCACGGCUCGUGCAGGGAUGACAUUAACGGCUAUCGCUGUGACUGUGAGCCUGGUUGGGUGGGGAAGAACUGCGACCUGGACAGGAAUGACUGUUUGCCCAGUCCCUGUCAGAACGCUGGCACGUGCAUCGACCAGCUCAACGGUUUCACCUGCAAGUGUCGCCAAGGCUUCAGAGGUAACCUCUGCCAAGUGAACAUCAACGAAUGUGCGUCCAGCCCCUGUCUGAAUAAGGGCACUUGUGUGGAUGGCGUGGCCAGCUUCACGUGCCUGUGUGAGCUCCCUUACAGUGGACCCACAUGUGCUGAGGUCCUCACGCCUUGCUCUCCUAACCCCUGCGCCAAUCAUGCUGUGUGCACACACACGCCAGAUUACCUGGGCUAUCAGUGUAACUGCCAGGCAGGGUGGCAAGGUCAGUUGUGCAACAUAGAUGUGAAUGAAUGUAUCUCAAAUCCCUGCAAAAACCGUGGGACCUGCUCGAACACUCUCGGAGGAUUCGUGUGCUCCUGUAGAGCAGGAUAUACCGGGCUAACCUGCGAAACAGACAUCAAUGACUGUAGUCCAAAUCCCUGCCUCAGCGGAGGUUCCUGCACAGAUGGGGUGAAUUCUUACCACUGUAGCUGCCUGCCAGGCUUCACAGGGCCCCGCUGUGCUUUGGAGAUCAAUGAAUGCCAAAGUUCUCCCUGCAAAAAUGGAGGAACAUGCACCGAUUAUGUCAACUCCUACACAUGUACCUGUAGGCCCGGCUUCACUGGCAUCCACUGUGAAACCAACAUCCCCGAUUGCACUGAGAGCUCUUGCUUCAAUGGAGGGACGUGCACCGAUAAAAUCAAUGGCUACUCCUGCACGUGCCGCUCGGGCUUCACUGGCUCCCACUGCCAGUAUGAAGUCAACGAGUGUGAUUCCCAGCCUUGCCUCAAUGGGGGCAUAUGUCAGGAUGCCCUGGAGUCCUUCCGCUGCUCCUGCCCCAGGGGCUACACUGGCAACCGAUGCCAGACGCCAGUGGAUUGGUGUCGACGCUCAUCUCCAUGCCAAAAUGGAGGACGCUGUCGCCAGAAGGAUGCCUCCUUUAUCUGUGAUUGCACAAAUGGCUGGUCUGGACGUUACUGUGACAUCCCAAGAGUCUCCUGUGAGACAGCGGCUCGCCAAAGAGGCCUCCAGACAGAUGAACUAUGCCACCACGGGGGUCACUGUGUCAACACAGGAAAUACCCACUACUGCAAAUGUCCCUCCGACUACACUGGAAGCUACUGCGAGAAUCAAGUGGACCACUGCGAGGACAAACCUUGUCGCAAUGGUGCCACCUGCAGGGGAUAUGUGGGAGGUUACCAGUGUGACUGUAUGCCAGGCUAUACUGGGCAAAACUGUGAGAUAGAAAUCAAUGAGUGCCAGUCUCACCCAUGCCAGAAUGGAGGCACUUGCAUUGAUUUGGUCGGACAUUACAUCUGUUCCUGCCCACCUGGCACUCUAGGAGUUCUCUGCGAGAUCAAUGAAGAUGACUGCGCUCCACCCAUGAGGCUGCGCAGUGCUACUCCCAAGUGCCUGAAUAAUGGCACCUGUGUGGACAGAGUCGGCGGCUACCGCUGCAAUUGCCCUCCUGGUUUCACCGGAGAACGGUGUGAGGGCGACAUAAACGAGUGUCUCUCCAACCCCUGCAGUCCCUCCAACAGUCUCGACUGCAUCCAGUUGCCCAACGACUACCAGUGUGUCUGCAAACCAGGCUUCACAGGCCGAAGGUGUCAGAGCAGAUUCAGUGUGUGUGAGUCUCAGCCGUGUCAGAAUGGAGGAGCUUGCUCUCUGACCAGCAGCUCAGGCAUGGGCUACACCUGCACAUGUCAGCUUGGUUAUACCGGGCCGAACUGUGAAAGGAGCAUGUCCUGCCGGGAGCUGUCCUGCUAUAAUGGAGGGAGCUGUGCUCUCACUACAAGAGGGGCUCGCUGCACAUGCCUGCCAGGCUAUGGCGGACCCCAGUGUCAGCACCGCAGCAAUGAAGGCUGCUCCUCCCAGCCCUGCCGGAACGGGGGACUGUGCACAGAGGAGACCAGCUUCCCAUUCUUUCACUGCCAGUGUUCCAGUGGCUGGACGGGGAAACGCUGUGAGCAGAGCGCGGUGGAGCCCCAGACGCCGUCGUGCCCUUUGGCAGACUGUCGCGGCAAAGCCAACGACAGCGUUUGCGACAAGGAAUGCAACACGUUCGCCUGCCGCUGGGACGGCGGCGACUGCUCUCUGGCGGUGAAUCCGUGGGCCAACUGUGCAGAUCCUCGCUGCUGGCGCGCGUUUAACAACAGCCAGUGCGAUGAGUCCUGCAACAACGCUCACUGUCUGUAUGACAACUUCGACUGCAGGACCAAGGAGAAAGUUUGCAAUCCAAUAUAUGAAACCUACUGCAUUGACCACUACGCCGACGGACAGUGCGACCAGGGCUGCAACACAGAGGAGUGCGGCUGGGACGGCCUGGACUGCGCAGAGAAAGUCCCGGAGGACAUUGCGGACGGCGUGUUGGUCUUGGUCGUCCUGCUGCCUCCGGAGGAGCUCCUCCGCACCAGCACGGCUUUUCUCCAGAAGUUAAGCGCCAUCCUACACACUUCACUGCGCUUCAGGCAGGACCGCAACGGCGAAGCGAUGAUCCGCCCUUACAGGCGCAGAGAGGCACGCCUCAAGCGCGAGUUGCAGCAUCAGCAGGAGAUCAUUGGCUCCAUAGUUUACCUGGAAAUAGAUAACCGUCUGUGCUCUCAGGGCUCAGAGGGUUGUUUCCCUUCAGCUUUCAGUGCUGCAGACUACCUGGGCGCACUGUCAGCAGUGGAAAUGCUUCGCUUCCCUUACCCUCUCAAAGAAGUCCGUGGUGAAAGAAUCAUACAUGACGAGAUUGUAAUACCACCAUGGGGCAAGUUGAUGAUGGUGGGGAUCGCUUCACUCUUCCUCUUGGUCAUACUUGUGAUCGGGAUGCUGAUUGCACGUAGAAAGCGAGAACACAGCACCCUUUGGUUCCCUGAGGGCUUCUUCCUCAAGAAGGAGCCCAGCAGCAACAAAAACCGCAGAGAACCUGUGGGCCAGGACGCUUUGGGCAUGAAACAUAUGCCAAAGACUGUGGAGGAAUCACUCCUUGGAGAUCACUGUGAGCAGUGGAUGGACUCAGAUUGCCCAGAAGCCAAAAGACUCAAGGUUGAAGAGCCCAGCAUGCUCUCAGACAGUGAAGACGCUGUGGACUGCAGACAGUGGACACAGCACCAUCUUGCAGCAGCAGAUAUCCGCGUUCCACCAACCAUGGCCCUCACUCCUCCUCAAGGAGAGUUUGAAAGCGACUGUAUGGAUGUUAACGUUCGAGGCCCGGAUGGUUUUACUCCGUUGAUGCUGGCGUCAUUCUGUGGAGGCGGCUUAGAGCCUGAAGUGACGGAGGAGGAGGAGAACGAGGAGUGCUCUGCCAACAUCAUCUCCGACCUGAUCUAUCAGGGUGCGUCGCUCGCGGCCCAAACGGACCGCACCGGGGAGACGGCGCUCCACCUGGCUGCUCGCUACGCCCGUGCAGACGCUGCCAAGAGGCUGCUGGACGCUGGAGCAGACGCCAAUGCUCAGGACAACACAGGGCGCACCCCUCUACACGCCGCAGUGGCUGCUGACGCACAGGGUGUCUUCCAGAUUCUGAUUCGGAAUCGAGCAACAGAUCUUGACUCUCGUAUGUACGAUGGCUCCACUGCUCUGAUCCUUGCUGCACGGCUGGCAGUCGAGGGAAUGGUAGAGGAGCUGAUCACCUGUCAUGCUGACGUGAAUUCAGUUGAUGAACUGGGUAAAUCUGCCCUGCACUGGGCUGCUGCUGUUAACAACGUUGACGCCACUGUUGCCUUGCUGAAGAACGGAGCAAACAAAGACAUGCAAGAUCUUAAGGAGGAAACUCCGCUCUUCCUUGCGGCCCGUGAGGGCAGCUGCGAGGCCGUCAAGGUACUGCUGGCUCAUUUUGCAAACCGAGAAAUCACAGACCACAUGGACAGGUUGCCAAGAGACAUUGCUCAGGAGCGCAUGCAUCACGACAUCGUGCAGCUUCUCGACGAGUACAACACAGUGCGGAGUCCCCAGGGCCACGGCGGGGCCGGACACCACCUCACCGGGGGACACACCCUGUCUCCACUCAUGUGCCCUCCGAGUGCCUUCCUCCCCAGCCUGAAGAACACUCCCCAGGGCAAGAAGAACCGUCGGCCCGGUGCCAAGGGGUCUGGCCUCGGAGGACAACAUGUGACCAGUCUGAAAGAGUCAGUGAAGGCCCGGAAUAAGAAGCUGACCCUGGACAUGCAGAGUGCCUUACUGGAGAGCUCAGUUACUCUGUCCCCGGUCGACUCACUGGACUCGCCCCACGGGGGAGCCAGCAACGCUGGCUACAUCACCAACCCCACUUCUCCGGUGGCCAUGCAGUCACCAGGGCUUUUCCACUCCUCCAUGUCGGUCCCGAACACCCCAAUGGUGCACACUAACAUGUUGGAGGGCGGCGGCCCCUUCGCCGUGUCUCUAGCUCAACUCAGUGACCUGGGGGCUGGAGGAAUGUCUUUGCAGGGGCGUGCUCCGAUGGCUUCAGAUGUCAGCCACAGCUAUGUGCUGAGUUCAGGCCAAAUGGGGCUCAACAUGGGCAUGGUCAGUCCUGUUAGUGUUCCCUUUGACUGGCACAACCGGAUGCCCCCCUCCUCCCAGUGCGGCCAGCAAGUAGUGAAUAUUGUGCAGAAUAGCCAGGCCGGCAUGCACCCCCAGAGCCCGGCCAUGCAGCAGCAGAGCAUGCUGAUGCACCAGCAGAUCUACCGUAAUCCGAUGCUGCAGCCCACUCCCGUGACCUCCACCCCAACCAUCAGCCCCGUCAAGCUGCCCUCCAUCGCCGAGCAGCAGCAGCAGCAGCAGCAGCAGCUGAUCAAUCACAGCAUCACCAACCAGCAAAACAUGGCUCGCAUGGGCACCUCCACCCCACCCACACCCCAAACAUCGCAGCCCCCACCCACCUUCUUCCAGCAGCAGCAGCAGCAGAUGCCUCAGCCGCCCGCUCAGCCCCAGCCUCCCGCUCAGCCCGCACCGACGGCCACGCCGGCGGCCCAGCCCGCCCCGGCUCUGCCCCCCCAGCCGAGCGGCAGCGCCGCGGUGAAGGAGGAUUACCCCACCCCUCCCUCCCAGCACAGCUACUCUUCCGCACUAGACGCCACGCCCAAGCAUUACCUUCACUUGCCGAGCGAGCACCCCUACCUGACCCCCUCCCCGGAGUCUCCCGAGCACUGGUCGAGUCCCUCCCCGCACUGCGUCUCAGAUUGGUCAGAUUCCACACCCAGUCCGGCGGUCGCCGUCCCGGCCCAAACCCAAAUUACUCAAAUUCCAGAGGCCAAUGGCAAGAUGCAGGUGUUUGCGUGAAGAUCCCGUGACCUCUGCUUCAAAAAGGACUGGGCGAGGGAUCAGAAUUUGUGGACUGGCUCUUGGGCCUGUCUGUGUUUUUAUAGGUCAGCCUGUUUCCAAGAUUUUCAUUGGAUUUGGAUUGACUACGUUUAUCACGAGCGCCGUCUGCUGGUGAUUCUUUUGCAGAACAAACAAACAAAAAAAAAAAGUAAAGGGAAAUGUGUGUUGUCUGAAGAAACCGCAGACAAUUUAAUGAAGUAAUUCUGUCACAGAUGGACUUGUUUUUUUAUUAUAAAAGAAGUAUAUGAAGAAAACCAAGUCUUUCAUUUCAAAGACUUAGGGAUGCUCUCCUGAAAACUAACAAACAUUUUAAAAGUAGAUAAGAGACAAAGUGAAAUGUUGAAGGGAAUUCAUUUAUUUUUAUUUAUUGUUUUUAUCUAUCUGAACUGCCUUUGUAGGUGUUUUUCUUUCUGUUUUAGGUUCUCACAUAAAGUGCUGCCCAAAUUGAUAACCUGGUUCUAGCAAAUACAUUUCAAGAGUCGCUGCAGUAGUGAUAUGUUUGAUUGAACUGCAUAAAUCUUUUUCCAUAUGAGUAUUAUGAAUAAGAAUGUAGACAAGUGUCUCUGAAGCACUUCCAGUAACCGGCCUCAUGGGUGGCUCAGACGUGGGUCAAUGCAACAUUUGGCUAAAAUGGAUAUUUAUAAUAUAUGGGGGCAUUUAAUCCAAGGCAAUUUCCUUUAUAACAAUUGAAAGUGAAAAUGCAGAGUAAGGUUUUAGAUUAAUUGCUUUUUAUUUGUAGCUUGUCACUGAUAUUAAAGCACUCUCCUUGCCAAUGUAUUUCCAGCCCUGUUACCUUUCCGUUUAAGAAUUUUUUUGUUUUUGUUUUUGUUUUGUUUUUUCACUUUAAGAAAGCAUUUCAAACUAUUUUGCCUGUAAAAACAGCCUCUCACUGCCCUAAUAUUAUUAUUUUUUUGGUCUGUUUUUAUACUCUGUAUAUUUGUGGAAAACAGUGAAUCACUCCAGAUAGCCUAAGCUUAAUUUUAUCAGCUGCUAUUUUGUAUCAUCACUCUCUGCAAACAUUCCUUCUGUUUUUUUCUUUCCUUUCCUGUGUAUUGUUGAGUCUGGACACUGUGCCUUCAGCGGCAGGAUGAAACCUGAGGGCAGACUCGUCGGCGUCGGGCGGCGGCGCCCGGUUCCCCCCCUCUCCGCCUGUCUGUGUGGCGAAGCGGUGGUCGCGGUGACGGUGCGGCUGCUGGGCUGUGACUGCUCGUGCCCUGUCACUCCCCAGGGAGGUGUUUUAUGGCAUGCAGCGGGACGGUUCCCCUGCAUCUACAGUAGCUUCCAGUCCAGGGGCUUCGGAGUUACAUCUUGAGAUGAUUGUUAAAAA